AUGUCACCCGAAAAGCUUCCAUCAGCGGAUCCUCCGUCGACCGGACACGUUGCAGAAUUAUUUGAAGACCUCUCUCUUGACAAGCCAGCCGAUAAGCCGUCGAAUUCAAACGGAAGACGACCACCCCCACGACCGGAAAAUGUUCCUCCCUCUGGACACACUCUCUCUGAUGAUAAAACCUCUUCCCGCCGCCCAGCUCGGAAACUAUCCGGAGAAGAAUCACAGUCACGCAGCAAGGGAAAUAGGCGGGGUCCAACUGGAAACGUCUUCGCAGAUCCCAAAGAGUCUUCAAAAUCCCGCAGUCAACGUCGACCCCGCCGGAACUCAGACUCUUCCAUAAUGGACAGACCGUCAAAAUCACUCGACCCUGAGGAGGAAAAACGAAGGCGAGAAAGGAGACAUCGAGAACGUGAUGCUAAACACAAGGACAGCAAAUCUCGCAGCAGGCGAACAAACGGCCAUAGGCUCGACGUUAUUGAUAAGUUGGAUGUUACCAGCAUAUAUGGGACAGGCCUCUUCCACCAUGAUGGACCGUUCGAUGCAUGCAACCCCCACCGCAAUCGUAAAGGAUCGCGGGCGGCCCCAAUGCAAGCUUUCGCGAAGGAUUCGAGAAACAUGGCUUUGGGCGGGGCUGGCCCUAAUAACAGCAAUAUCGAUCUCAAUCUCUUCCAUGGGCGAGGGGCUGAGGGGUAUGCGGAUUAUGCAAGCACUGGUAGUUUGACUAGCAGCAAGAUAGGCCAAAGCACAGCAUUCGACCCAACAGCAAAACUGGAACCGAUUCAUGGGGCUGAAAGUAUGGGUUUGGGAACUAGUACAUUUCUGGAAGGCGCUCCCGCGAGUCGCGCUGCCAUCCAGCGGCGUGAAAAUGAGAAUGAAGCUCAAAAUUUACAAAAUGGAGGAUUACAGCGCAAGAAGAGUCUCGCACAAAAGAUCCGCGGAAUUAACAAUAGAGAUAGAGUCCCACGGGUUACUUCACCAGAUUCUACUGCUGAUUCCAACAAUCAACAUACUCAGGCAAGCCCUCCUCGAACUUCCGGCUCCAAGCGACAUAACGAUAGGAACCCAUUCUUCCAACAACAGGAUUAUGAUGAUGCAUACGAUAAAAAAGGUGCCAAGAUCCAACUUUCAGAUGACAUGACUGAUAGCCUCCUUCCCCGGACCAGACAACGAUCAAUUAGUAGCCCAAAGGAUAUUCUAGGCGAAAAGAGAGUUACAGAAGAACGAAAGUCCAGUAUCGGCGGCGGAGAGGACGCAAAGGCUCCUGCACAGACAGCUAGUGGUAGCAGUGGCUUCAUCAGCCGAGUCAAAAGCCUGAGAAGACCGCCCCAACCGAAGAAAAAGGCGGUGACGACAGCAGGGGAGUCUUCGUCUUGA